UACCAAAUCCUGAACAAUUCAACGACUCACGAAAUCUCAGAACUUUCCGAACAUUCCCAAGUCCCAACUAGUAGCAAAUCGAGCGAAAUAGAAUACAACACAUUAACACAAGUACACAACCACCAAAGAAAAGACAAAAAGGCGGAGUCAACCCAGUAACAAGCACAACAUACAGCAACAGCAGUUGUAGAGGAUGGGAGGCAUAUGCUCGUGCUUCGACGGUGAAGAGAGGCAGCAGAGAAAAGAGCAGGAGCGCCUGUCCUCCGUUGAAGCUCGCGCCAAAGCUGCCGAAGCUGCCGAAAAAAGGCAACAGGACUUUGAACAGUCUGCUUUAGGUCGAGCUGCCCGUGCACAGGCUGCAAAAGAGAAGCAGUCUGGGAAUGCUAAUAAGGGUGAACCAGUUCUUAAGUGGCAGAUGGGAUAAGUUUUAACCAGUUUACUGUUCAACAAUCAUAAUUUGAUCUUAUUUGCGGAGUGACAGCACUAAUUAUGGAAGCUGGCAGCUAAUUAUUCUGAUUUCCAGCAAAUGUGUGAUUCUAAUGGGAAAUGCUUGAUGAAUUUGCCGUACAUAUAGAUACCCUUUUCUCUUGUUUUUUCUUGAUGUAAAUAUGUGAUUAUGCUUUUGCAUUAUUGACCUUGAGAACUUUUAUACUGAUAAAUUGUAAUUGUUAACAACGAUUUGCUUCAAAGCUUUUGACUAUAAAGGGCUUAAAAAUGAGACUCCUGUUUUCUCCC